AUGGGCACAGCGACCGCAACCCCAAUCGGCCUGAACCUUACCACCGAGUUCAGCUCCAGCUACAGGGAGUUCGAAUCUUUUCCAGAGAACCUCUUCGACCGGCAUUCUUAUGCGCCGACUCUUCGAGCAUACAAGCGCCGACUGGAUUCUGCUUCUGCCCAGCUACUUGUGCAGCAUGAAGAUGUUGCAGACGUCCCCUUCAGAGACCUGGACGGCACUGGAGCAGUGCUCGCCCGCAAGAAUAUCUUCAGCGACCACAGACUUCGAGAGCACCUGGGAGACAAUGCAGUGGAGGGUCCCUUGAGCUCGAGUUCGGUUUCGGGAGCGUAUGCGACCAAACCUGACCCACAGUGUCGGUUCAUCUUCUUCUGGGCUAAGCACUCGAGGGCGCCUCUCAAGCUAACACGCCGGAUGUUGAUGCGGAUAAUGAGCUAUCACCAGGUCAUGCCACGAUACCUCGAGUUCCUCUUUCUCUUCGGCCAACGGGCCAUACCACACGACCUCCGCUACAGUGGGUUCCGCGAGCAGACCAGCCUGGAACUCCCAGCGCCGGGUCAGAAACUUCCCGAACUGCGGAGAAGCGGGAAACACUACCAACUCUGCUACAAUCUCAAGUCUGUUGGAUGCUCGUCACCACCGGACACUGCUUUGAUGCAUCAGCAAUGGUCCAUUCGUCACGCCGCUAUAUAUCACCAAUUAGACGUCGAGUUUGGCACGACUCUGUGGAUCAUCACAAAGGGUGACCUGGGCUUGAAAGAAGAUGUGCAGGAUAUCACCGGCCCCAACGGUCGGCUGGAGGAUAAGUCGUUCGGGACAGCCCAGGAGGCUUUCCGGGCCAGCCUGCCGAUCCACGCGCUUUUUGCACACUGGGCAACCAACGACUGGCGCUGGUAUAUGCAAUGGCUAGAGGACAGCGUGGACAAGGAAACGCAAGCCACCAUCUUCGAGGACAGGGACGAGAAACUGCUGAGCACUGUAUACACGCCCAGGGACUUACAGCGCAUCCAAAUCUGGGAAGAAAAAGCCAACGAGGCGAUUACCACCCUUGAAUCCAACGCCAGCGUGCUCGGUGCUAUUCUUGACUACUACCUGGCUUUGGCGGACAAUGCGAAAUUUCCCCUGAGAAGCAGCAACGCCGACGACAUCAAAAUGUUUGCCGCACAAAUAAAGGACCUCAUCGCAGACAGUAACAUGCAGAAAAACCGGGCAAAGCUCCUUGUCAACAUCGCCUCGCAGAGGAAGACUUUGAUCCUCCAAUACCUGCAAUCACAGGCCUCGGAGAAGAUGGAGACCUUGACGAUGAUGGCGCAGAAAGAGGCCGUGGCCAUGCGCAUCGUCACGGUCGUCACGCUGAUCUACCUGCCCGCGACAUUUGUAUCCACUUUCUUCAGCACCGACGUCGUCAAGUACCAGAACGGAAGCGGCACAGAUCCCACCGCCGGUGGCACAAGCUAUUCGUCCGUCGCAAUGGCUAGAUGGCUCGAAGUGACCUUGCCGCUUACGGUCGUGACGUUCCUGCUUUCAUGGCUCACUUAUACCAAGGCAAAGAAAAACAUCGGCGUCCAGGCGCUUGCCAAGGGGAUUUUCGGCCACACGCAUACGUACCCUUGA